AUGGAUAAUUCAGACAAUGAAAAUAGUAAUUUUGUUAGCUUUCAAGAUGAAAAAGGAAUUUUAGUGCAUAUAAAAAAGAAUGGAGAAAUCAUUGAGACUGAUAUUUCUAAAAAUAAUCCUAAAGAUAAGUCAGAAGCUGAUUUAUUGGUGAAAAUUGAAAAUAAAAAAAAUGAAUUAAAGCUUAAAUACAAAUAAAAUAAAUUAUUAUAAAGAUCUCAACUUUAUUAAUAAGAUUAUUAAGAUGGAUAAGAUUAUUAAGAUGGAUAAGAAUAAUUAUAAUAAAAGAAUAUGGGAGAAAGUAUUGAUGGAAACUUAGAUAUAAAUAAUUUAAUAAGUGAGGAGGAAUUGAAGUUUAUUUAAUAAUCAAAUGAAGAAUUAAAAAAUUUACCAUUUUUAGAUAUUUUAAUUCAAUAGAAAACAUUGAUAGAAAAUAUUUAAUAUUUUUAAAACUAAUAAAAUUAAGAGCAAUUAUUAAAAUAAUAAUUACAAUAAAUAUAGGAACAAGAAUAGUCAUAAAAGCUUAUCUAAUAAUAAUAAUAAUAAUAAUAAUAAUAAUAAGAAUAAGAAUAAUAAGAAUAAGAAUAAUAAGAAUAAUAAUAAUAUGAAUAAUAAUCAUAUAUUGAAAUUAUUUUUAAAAGAACUAAUGAAACAUCAGAAGAUAAUUUAGAAUGUUUAAUUUGUUCAUAAAAUUACAAUGAUGGUGAUACUUUAGCAUUAUUAAUAUGUAUACAUAGAUUUCAUUUAUGCUGUUUUAAAAAAUGGAAUGAAAAAUCAAAAACUUGUCCUUACUGCCAAAAUACUAAUUGA